UGUGCCUCGGCUUUUGACGCGCUGAGGAUGUGGGCAGGAAACGCCAUGCAAGAGGAGAGAAGCGAUCACGCUUCCCAACGCCGUUGCACAAUACAGGGCGAUCAAAAAUAAUGUGCUUUAAUUUUCCACGCUAAUGUCCAGGAGCGGUGAUUCUCCUCGGAUCUGCAGUCCGUCACCCAGCAGGCUCGGAGGAUUUGCCGGCGUGGGAUUUGACUCCUAUCCGAGCGAGAGGGCAGCCUUCCCAGCCUGCUCGCUUUGAAAACAUCGGGGCUGGUCAGCGGGUGGGAGAGACAGAGCAGGCUUCGUCGCGGAAAAAAGGAAGUGUCUGCCUAUUUUUUUUCACCCCCCAGCCAUGAGGGAGUACAAAGUGGUUGUUUUGGGCUCGGGUGGAGUCGGGAAAUCCGCGCUGACUGUCCAGUUCGUGACGGGCUCCUUCAUCGAGAAGUACGACCCGACGAUAGAGGAUUUCUACCGGAAGGAGAUCGAGGUGGACUCGUCCCCGUCGGUGCUGGAGAUCCUGGACACGGCGGGGACCGAGCAGUUCGCCUCCAUGCGAGACCUGUACAUCAAGAACGGCCAGGGCUUUAUUUUGGUUUACAGCCUGGUGAACCAGCAGAGCUUCCAGGACAUCAAGCCGAUGAGAGACCAGAUCAUCCGGGUGAAGAGAUACGAGAGGGUGCCUAUGAUCCUGGUGGGAAACAAGGUGGACCUGGAAGGGGAAAGAGAGGUGUCUUCCGGGGAAGGAAAGGCGCUGGCCCAGGAAUGGAGCUGCCCUUUUAUUGAAACUUCAGCCAAAAAUAAAGGCUCGGUCGACGAACUAUUUGCAGAAAUAGUCAGACAGAUGAACUAUUCAACUGUUCCCAGUGGUGGUAACCAGUGUUGUUCAUGUGUCCUGCUCUAAAAAACAUGAAAAACAUCCAGAAAAACAUCCGGGCUGAAAUUUUGCUUCUUACUUGUCCUGCGGGCUUCCCCCCCCAAGCCUAUUCAUUCUCUCUUCACACUGUUGUCUUAUUGUUGCACACAAACACAAAUCAACGAAGACAACAAUCGAUUAUGUAUUAUAGUCUAGAAAAAGUGUUUACAUGACAAAGUACUUGAAUGUUUUUGGAUUUUUUAAACAGCUUUGUAUAUGACACUUCUCUGGAAAUGUGCCUCAAUGGGAAUGUCUUAUUGUGAAACCUAAGAGACAGUUCUUUUGGUGUUUUUAUUUGUUGAGUUGUACUGUUACAUCUUCUGGGCUGGGUCCAUAUUUCUUGGGUGGUGGUGGGGUCAUGCUAAAUCCAGACAGAGCUGGGAUUGGCUACUUUUAAUGUCUUUUUGGGUGAAAUGACACAGCAGGAGGCCUGAAAGCACUUAAAAUCGCCAAUAAACGUAACAAUCACCAUUCAAGCCUUUCCCGGGUUACUCAAAUCAGAUCUCUACAAUUUAUUUCCCCUAAAGGUCAAGUGGGAUCCAAGAGACGCAGAUUCCUCCCACUAACAUAUUUUAUCUGAAGCUGUGGACUGUGAUGGAGUUGUGUUAGGAGCUUUUGUUGUUAUCCCCCCUCUCCGGUCUGGCGAAAGUGGAUUUAUCAUGGAACCUGCACUUUGCUGACGUUGUCCCACCUCAGUGUGCACAAAGAAGGACCUUAGUGCAUUGCUGUCGCUUCAUGGGGAACCCCAUGUCAAGUGCCUUCCUAAGAAAACUCCUGUGACUGUGCCAACUGAUGAGCCCUACUUCCUCUGCAGUGCGUCUUGAUGGCAAUCAGAACUUUUAACAGUUUUCAGUGAACAAUCUAGUUUCAUUUGGUGUCAAAGUGAGAAUAGCCUACUCCUAUUUUACUAUCAGGAAGCUAAGCUUGUAUCAGACCUGCUGUUUCAGGGUCAGAUUCAGGCCGUUUCUCGAGGUACUAGUCCAACAAGAACAACAAAGUAACUUUAACCUACUAGGAUUAUGGUUCAGUGAAUGGCAAGCCAUGUCUGUAUUAUCUAGAUUUCUUUUUCUUUUCUAAAAACAAUAUGACAUUUUUAAAUGUGCCGUAAUUGUAAUUCUCUUUUUGGACAAAAUCUUCUGCCAUCCACCUGUCAGUUUGAAAGACUUAAUACAAAAGCAUUUUACGUAACGCUGUGUUUGUCUCUGCUGAUAACAUAAAGUUUCUACAUUUUGGGCUA